UACUAUAUGUGUGUCACUCUGUGGUAAAUGACUUCAGUGCCUCUUUAGUUCUAAAACGUCAGAACGAACAGACCUGCUGAAAGCCCUUCAAUUUCCGUUUCGUUACACCGGCUGAGUUUGCUCUGCGAGUCAGUCACUCCACAGCAGCUCAGUUAUCAGAGCUCACUCCUCUGGGCUCUCUGAUCUGGGACUGGGCGCCCCAAUCAACUCUGCUUUGUUUCCUCAGAGCCUGGUUGCCCAUCCAAAAGGAUAGGAGUCGUAGCAGGAAUGAUGUCUACGGAAGUUUUCCUCUGUCUUGUCCUCGUGCUACUUUCUGAUGUACUGCACCCGUGGUCGGAAGUUCAAGGUCUGGUAGAGGGGUUGGAGGUUCAUCAGCCAGCCCAGCUCUCUGCUGCACUCGGAGAGACAGUCACCCUACACUGCAACUUCACCUGCACUCUUCAAGAUAGAGAUUGGUUGUAUGGGAAAUUCUACAGAGUGAAAGGAGGGAAUAAAAUACACAUUGACAAUAAAACUGUAUCACAAACCACAUGUACCGUGUCAUCCACCAUUGCAAAUAUCACACUGGAGAGUGAAGCUGUUUACUACUGUGAAGUGAAGAUGCCACGUCAUACUACUUCAAUAGAUGUGAAUGGUUCAGGAACUGCUGUUACUGUUUAUGCUGAACCUUCCUCAAUGGAGAUCCCAGAGCCCCAGACCCUUGUUGUGGAUACAGAAGCCCUCCUGAGCUGUGCAGUGAAUGGAUUCUAUCCUCAGAGCAUCUCUGUAACCUGGUUCUAUAGGGAUCUCCAGGUGCCUUUAACCAGCAUCACCAACCACCUCACUACAAACAGGAAUGGUACAUUCUCUCUGACCAGCCAGUACAGAUUCACCCCUGCAGUGCGAGACAAUGGUACAGUCUGCCGAUGUCAGGCCUCCCACCCAGCAUGGAGACAUCAUGUGACACUGGAGAGAGUCCUGGAUGUCAAGUAUGGACCCCAGUCCUUGAACCUCACAUCCCAGAACAGACCAGUCCUGGGGGAGGGAUCAAACAAAACCCUGGAGCUCCCAGAGGGGUCCCCCUUACACGUGUCCUGCUGGUCGGACGGGAACCCUCGACCCUGGACAGGGUGGUUCAAGGACAGGGGGGACAGGCUGACCCCCGUGGAGCCACCUGUUGGGUGCAGCAACAAGACCCUCCAUGUUGGAGCGGUGCAGAGAGAGGAUGAGGGGGUGUACUGGUGUGUGGCGAGGAACAGCUAUGGGGAGAGGAACACCAGUUUCACUCUGCUGGUGGUGGUUUCUGAUUACGUCACUUCUUUUAUAGCUCGACUCCUGGCCACUGUGAUCUUCUUCUUUUUGGUUGCUCUGAUGCUGAUCUGCACCAAUAUUAUCCGAGAUAACCGGCUCCGCACUGGGCUGAACCAAGGAGAUCGUGAGCCUGGACUGAGCGGUCUGAAGGAGGAUGAUUAGCGUAGAGAUACUGGUCUUGUCUUUAAAAGGUUUGGUUUGACCAGUUGGUACGCACUUUCAGUAGAUCAUGAUCAUGUGCUGCUGCAACAGACAUCAGGCAGCACUUCAGCUACCCACACAGUAUCUGCGCUCUCUCUAAAGUCUGUGACACAGGAGCCUUUCUCUGUUAAUCGUUAAGGCAAUUAGCUGCAGGUGACUUUUUAUAGCAAUAUCCAGUUCUUUCAAAUGUUUACAUUUUGUAGCUUGAUCUUUGGAUAAACCGUCAUCUAGUUGCUUAAAAGCUGCCUUGACUUAAAUGGCCUUAUGAUCUUGUUGUUGUGUUGCUACUCUUUUUAAAGAACUCAAAAUAACCAAGCAAAACAUCUUUAUUUGCAUUGUUAUAUUAAUGAUUUAAAUAGCUAAUGCUUCAGUGCUUUCUUUGAUGUGAUUGUAACUUUUUUUUUAGUCUUAUUGUCAAGACCCCACUGUGGGUAAGAAAGGACUCCUUUUGCAAUCUGCUCACUGCGAUUUUAUCAAAGUGUCGAAUGAAUUAAAAUGAUACUGCGAUGCUGUUUAAAUGUGUUGAUGUUCCAGUAAAUAAAGGCAAAGUGAAUUCAGUCUUUUCACUAGCAUUGAAGUGGGCUUUGUCACAGACUGCUUUGUGGUUACAAAGAGGCCUAUGUUUCCAAGAAGUCGUUGACAACAGGCACCUUUUGAAACCCCUAAAAACCACAGAUGGCUCCCCAAAAGGCACAGCUACAUGGACAUUUUUCAAGCAAACAUAAUACCAUUUUAAAAUGCUGUGUUGUGUUCCGCACGCUCUGCAUUUCAUUAUCAGCCC